AGGUAUAUGAAAAAUCGCAGUGACGUUGCACUUUCCUCGCUUCUCAUUGGUCAAUAGCCCGUUGCCGGGGCAACCAGCACGUAUGUGAGCGCCGGCAAGAGUACUAGCCGGCCGCCGAUCAGGGCCCCGGUAACACCGGUAACACCAAGGCGGUAACACCAAUGCAGUGCGCUAAAAUAGCAUUUGGCUUUUUAGAUUUAGUGUCGUCACAAGAUGAAUAAUUUCUUUAAAAAGUUACUCUGAAUCAUUCUAAUUUCUAAAAUAUAGUUACCGAAGUAGUGUUUCAGAUCGCUCUGAUCCAAGUAGUAUCUAUGACCGUGGAUCCAAGGGUAUUCUGAUCCUAGCAGCAGUCGCCUAUUUAAUUCGCAGCGGCAGCGGCGUCAGGCGGCCACCAUGGGGGGCUCGCGGGUGAUCCGGGUCACCAACAUCGCGCCGCAGGCCACCCGAGACCAGAUGCAGACGCUCUUCACCUUCGUCGGCAAGGUGGAGGAGAUCAAACUGUACCCGACCAUACGAGACGUGGCCAUUCCGGUGGCGUCGCGCGUCUCGUUCGUCAAGUUCGUCGACCGCGACCAUGUGGGCAUCGCGCAGCACCUCAACAACACGGUGUUCAUAGACCGGGCGCUGAUCAUCGUGCCGUACGACAAGCCCGACAUCCCGGACGAGCACUCGGCCAUGCAGGCGCUGGUGCAGUCCAACGGCGCGCUGGGCGUCACCAACGAGCAGCAGCUGCCGGCGCACGUCUCCAACGUGGUGGACGGCGCCUACUACAUCACCAAGGACCCGACUUUCGCCGAGCGCGGCGUCCCAGAGUACCCGUCGCUGCCCUGCACACUCGAGUACGGCCAGGUGGAGGAGAUCCGGCGGACCGUGGUCGUGGGCAACCUGCCGCCCUCCGCUGACGCCGCCAAAGUCAUGGAGUGGCUGGCCGACGCCGGCGAGGUCAAGUACGCGCGCAUGUGUGGCCGCGACACGGACGAGUCGCGCGCGUGUCUGAUCGAGUUCUCCGAGCAGGCGUCCGUCAUCCCGGCGCUGCUCAAGUCGGGCCAGCAGAUGGGCGACCGCGCCCUGGCCGUGGCGCACGCCAGCGUCGGCAUCGCCAAGCCGCAGAUCAAGACCAACGAGAUGGCGCAGCGAGAGAUCGAGGAGGCGAUGCGGCGCGCGCAGGAGCAGCAGAGCCUCAUCUCGAGCACCAUGCAGCCGGUGACCUCGUACAUGGACGAGGCGCGCCGCAGCCGGUCGCGCGACCGCGGCGGCCGGCGCCGGCGCAGCAGGUCGCGCGACAGACGCCGCCGCUCGCGGUCACGCAGUCCGCGCCGGUCGCGCAGCCGCUACUCGCCCGGCCGGCUGCGCCGCUCGCGCAGCCGUGACCGCAAGUCGCGCUCCCGGCGCUCUCGGUCCCGCUCGCGCGACCGGAGCCGGCGGAGCAGGCACCGGAGCCGCUCCCGUUCCCGAGACCGGUCCCGGCGAGACGAUAAGGAGCGGCGCGGAUCCUCCCGGGACAAGGAUAGGAAGAGCGACAAGGACAAAGAUCGCAGUCGGGACAAGGACAGGAGCCGAGACAAGGACAAAUCAGAUAAGUCCAGGUCAAAGGACUCACCAGAGAAGGACAGGAAUGCGAGGGAGAGCAGCAGGGCCGACUCGCCGGCCAAGGAGAAGUCCUCCAAGGAGUCGUCGUCGCGCGCCCGCUCCCGUUCACGCUCGCCGGCGAAGAAGCGGUCGCGCUCGCGCUCGGCCGACCGUCGGCGCAGCGGACGCGGCUCGCGCUCCUCGCCCUCUCGCCGCCGCUCCCGCUCGCGGUCACGUGACCGGCGAGCGCGCCGCUCCUCGCGCUCUCCGGGCCGCAAGAGGUCGCGCUCGCCGGGCCGUAAGCGGUCUCGCUCGCCGCGCGGCAGCCACUCGCGCUCAGCGCGCUCACCGGAGCCGAAGCGCCGAGAGCGCAGCCGCGACCGGGACAAGGAGCAAAAGCGUGACAGGGACCGGCGCGACAAGGACCAGCCCAGGUCGGAGAAGACCGACGCCAAGGUGUCGCGCAACUACGACGAGGAGGAGAAGGGAUUCGACGAGGACGUCAAACGGUCGCCGUCCCGCGAGACGUCGCCCGCUGAGCGGAGGGCCAAGGAGGACCGGGCGCCGCCGGCCGGCGGAGACGACAUGGACAUUUCCGAGUGAGACUGUACGGACGCGGCGACCGGGCGCCCUCGGUGGUCAGUCGCCGGUCAAACCGGAAGCAUUCGCAUCCCUCAGCGAGGGUAACUAUGGCGAACGCGCGCGCAGAACCGUCUGCCGACAUCCCGAGAACAUCGUCACUCCGAUUCGCGAUAGCCGUGAUGUUUCACCUCUUGUAUAUAUAAAUAAAACGGCGCCACCGUU